GCGACCGGCAUAACAUUACGAAAGCUGUACGAGAACACGCGAACGAUGCACAAAUACGUUGCCCUAGCAUUGCUGCUUGUUGCAGCCGCGCAAGCGCGCAAACACCACCACAAACAACAAGACCCAUUCGCGGCGCUGGACCAACAACUCUCACACUCCCUAGCCUUCCACUACCUCUGGCCAUGGAGUCAACUCGUCCAAGCUGCCGCCGCCAUGGAUGACGAGGAUAAUCUCGAAGAACCACAGAUAACAUCAGACCCCAACAGCUUCGAGAUCAACAUGAACGUCAAGAGAUUCAAGCCCAACGAACUCAGGAUCAAAGUUAAAAACCAAUACAUCAUUGUAGAAGGAAGACAUAGAGUAACUUCUGACAAUACAGCAUUCCUGGCUAACCACUUCGUUCAACGCUUCAAUCUACCCCCUGGAACCAAACAGGAAGAAGUUAAGGCCGUGUUGAAGGAGAAUGGAAUCCUAAGCAUUUCCGCGCCCAGACACGAAGUACCUCCUCCACCACCUGAAAGGAUUGUCCCCAUCGAAGUAAGAACGCCUCCGCCCACUUCUGAAAAACCUACAGAAACUCCCACUGAUGCUACUACAGAAAAGGUAGAAACAUCAUCUGAAAAACUGGAGACCACAUCAGAACAAAUCGCGACUUCAUCGGAAAAAAUCGAUACUACGUCGCAAAAGGUUCCUGAAAUGGAAGUGGCUUCCACAGAAAAAGACGACACGCUAUUGGAAUUCCGACUUGCCGAUAAGACGCACCACGUUGGAAAAAUCAGGAAGAAGGAGCUGAAAAACACUUCUAAACACGUAAAAGACAAUGAAGUGUCUAAAGGGGACGGCAAUGCAUUAGAUUACGCUCUCAUAGAGGCGGAAGAGUGAACGUAAGGGUAGUUUAUACUUUAAAAGACUGAUAGCUUUAAAGUGGUGCUGUGAAGACUAUAAUCUCGUUUGGUUUCGGACGUACAGGCGUAUUCUUAUUGAUGCGCGAGCGUAGGUGAGUGGAUAGUUCUAGUGUGAACCAUUGUAAGGGGAUCUCGAGGUGUGAUACAACUUAAGAGUGCUCCUUACUCAGGUUCUAAGCAGCUACCUAUCCCACGCUUUGCGAGCAAUUGGAUACGCCCUUGCUUCGAAAAUCGAUACCCUGUUGUUUUAACUGUGAAAUCGAGGAAUUGGCAAAAUAGCGAAACUAUGUUAAUCCGACAAGGUACAUGUGUAACGAAUUGUGUAACUGGUUUGAGCGUAUAUUUGUGCCUCCAUUGCCAUUUAGAUCAGGCACUUGUACACGCUUAGUGACAUUUUAUUUACGAUGUCAUUAAAAGUUUUUUAUUGUAAGUCAGACUGUACCUAGAGGCUAAACUAAGAUUUAUAAACGUUAUUUUGUUUGAUGAAUAAAUGUUAUUUAUUGUAAGUUA